GGCGCAGAAGCAGCAGCAGCGACAGCUUCGCGCUGAGUAGAAACAAGAUGGCGGUGGCGGUGCGAAGUCUGCAGGACCAGCUCGAGAAAGCCAAGGAAGGCUUGAAAAACGUGGACGAUAAUAUUCGUAAAUUGACAGGACGCGACCCCAAUGACUCAAGGCCGGGACAGUUCCGUCGGCUCAGCGGCCCCAUGGCAGGCGUCGGAGGAGGAGGACCAGGAGGAGGAGGAGGAGGAGGGAUGGGGAUGGGAGGUAGAGGCAGAGGACUCAACCUGCUCAGGCGCAGUCUCUCAGACAUGGGAAGCGGCGGCCCCCCUGCCAAGCAGAGAGACAUUGAAGGAGCCCUGCUGAGGCUGGCAGGGGACCAAAGGGCCAGGAGAGACAUGCGCCACGACAGCGACGCCGAGGAUGAUGACGAUGUCAAAAAGCCGGCGUUGCAGUCGUCUGUUGUAGCUACCUCCAAGGAGCGAACGCGCCGAGAUCUCAUUCAAGAUCAAACCAUGGAUGAGAAGGGCAAACAGAGAAAUCGGCGCAUGUUUGGUCUGCUGAUGGGGACGCUGCAAAAAUUCAAACAGGAAUCCAACGUCUCUACAGAAAAGCAAAAGCGACGUACAGAGAUAGAGCAGAAGCUCGAGGUUCAGGCCGAGGCUGAAAAGAAAAAAGUGGAGAGUGAAAAGAGGGAGUUGUUUGAAGAGAGGAGAGCCAAGCAGACAGAGCUGAGACUACUGGAACAGAAAGUGGAAUUGGCUCAGCUGCAAGAGGAGUGGACCAGCCACAACAACUAUCUGGUGAAAUUCAUCCGUACAAAGACUAAGCCUCACAUCUUCUUCGUACCAGGAAAAAUGUGCUCCGCAUCACAAAAACUCCUCGAAGAGUCCACUAAGAAACUUAAUGGCGUUUUUGAAGAAAGGCGCGAGGCAUUUACUGAACACCUGAGCAAGAUGGAGUUGCGCCCUCGGCGACAGCUCAACCGCGACCAGGACAUCAACACAGCCACAAGGACGGACCAUCCGGCGGAGGGUAAGCCAGCAGGUCAGGUAGCGAAGAUGACAGGUAAAAGGAGUCUUGCAGGGAUGGAAGGAGAGGAUGAGGACGAGGAUGACGAAGAGGAGGAAAGGGAGAAGGAGGAGGAUAAAAAGAUGACAGAGGGAGAGGAUGGGGAGGAGAAGGAGAAGGAAGAGAUGAAGAAGAUAGAGGAGGAGGAUGAGGAGGAGGGAAUGGAGUUGAGAGAGGAGGGAGAGGAGAAGAAGCAGAAGGAGAAGGAGCAGAAGGAGAAGGAGCAGAAGGAGAAGGGAGAUAAGGAAGCAGGUCCAGAGUCAGAGGAGAUGCAGGUGGAGCAGGGAGUAGAAAUGGAAGAGAAGAAUAAGGAAGAUAAUGCAGAAACAGGCAGUAAGCAAGGAUCCACAGACCUCCCAGAGGAAAAGGCUGUAGACGGCAGGACAGUAACCUCUGAAGCAGCUACAGGCAGUCAGGAAGCAUCAGGCACUAGCAUCACUAGUCUUAAGGCCGAGCCCAGCCUCACUGUUCCAGAACCAGCCGUGCAGUCUCCGGUGAAAGAGCCCUCUCCUGCUAAAGAACCCCAAACAGCCUCCAGCACCCUUAAACAGGAGCCCACAGGCCCCGUAUGUAAUGUCCAGGAUUCUGUUGUCGAGAACCAAAUAACGGAAGCUAAGCCAGCAGAGGAGGCUCCACAAAAACCGCUCAAUUCCCAGGAAGCCCCUGUCACAACCCCUGCAAAGGAGGCUAACGCCAGCAGAGGGAGGAAGAAGGAAAAACAGAGGAAACGUCGCAGUAACAGCUCAUCGUCCUCUUCGUCUGGCUCAUCUUCGGGGUCUUCAUCUAGCGGUAGUUCCUCUUCUUCCUCUGGAUCCAGCCACUCGUCGUCGUCCUCAUCGUCCUCUUCGUCAAAAAGCAGCAGCCGAAGCCGCAACCGAGACGCCGGCAAGCGCAAGAGGAGGGCGUCGGAUAGAAGCAGGGACAAGAAGAAAGAAGACAAGAGUCACCGCAAGAGGGGAGGAAGUAGCGGAGGAGGGAGGGACUCGAAGGGCUCAAGGAAGAGGAGGAGCGAAGAAGGAAGGGGCAGGUCUUCCCGGAGUGAUAGGGAGCAUAAAGAUAGAGACAGGAAGGACAAGAGGCGCUAACGUGACGUGUAAUCAGAGCUUCUGUAAAGACAGUGAAAGGUUAAUUAACCUCCACCUAUUUUGUCAUGAGAUGAGUUUUUAAAACGCAUUUCUCCUUAAAAACCGUUUUUACCGUUGGAAGUUUUAACAAAGGAGGAAUUCUCUGUCAGAUUUGUAGCCAAACUGAAUCACAAUAGUGGAUGAUUGGUAAUUUUCCUUAAUGUUUUUUUUGUUUUAGUUGGUAAACAAACUUGCACUGUUUUCACUGCAAAGCAUCUUGUUUUUAUUUGUCUCUCAUUUGACCUUUUAGUGGUCGGACUUGAGAGCCACUGUUUUUGUCCCAUCAAUUUAAAUCCAGAUGGCGAGAAUGAUAGUGUGAGAAGAAACAUGUGACAAGUUAUUAAUAAAACGGUAUUCAGAAUGAUAAGAAAAAAUGGUGUUGAAUGUUUUUCACCGAAAUGCCGAGGCUGGGUAUGAUGGUGGUGGUAGCUGGGACAUUCACAAACAGUAAUUGUAUUUCAAGUUGGGACAAUGCUGUUCAUCCAAUUUUAUUCCCGCCCAAAAAUGAUUAUCAAGUGUGAUUUGCUCAGCUGCUGUAUUUUGACAGUUUUGUUGUUGUUUUUUGUAACACCUGAUAAGUGCUUCAAAUUAAAGGUAAAAUAUUAGUGGAAA